AUGAUCGUCCAGAGCUCGCUGAUACUCGCAUGGACGAAUGAGAAUUCCGAAGAGGAGCCCGAGCUCCCCAUUGGGCGCAUAGCACAACCGCAACUUGUAACUGUACGCCUACCCGCGGAUUCCAUCCCACCGGAGGCGCCGACAUGGAACCUGGGCCAGAGAAUUGUAGGCGCGGCGAAGAAACUGAAUUUGAAUGCCUUACUUACAGCAUCUCCUUUCGCGCAAACGUCAAGUCGGUCGCGUAGGACUCGAGGAGCGCCCCUCCUACCCACCCCCACUCCCGAGUCCGGUGCACUGGCAGGCUCGAAUCCAAAUCCGAAUGACAAACCGUCAGAACGGAAUGUCAUUUCGAGUAGGCCUACUCCAAGCACUCCCCACGUACACGAAGGUCACAACAACACGGUCACAGUCGAGAUGGAAAUAUUAGACACCGACUCAGACUGCAUCCGCAGGAUAUGCUACCCAAGCGCAGACGUCGUCCUCCUCUGUGUUCGCGUGGACCACAAAGCCUCCCUCGAUGCUUCCGUCGACUGGUUCCAAGACGAGAUUCGACAAUUCUGCAGACCGGGUACACCCAUAAUUGUCGUAUUGUGCCAGAUCGAUCUGCGCGAUAAUCCAAACCCAAGGUCUUUGGGAGCGAAGGAUUCAAUGCGGAAUGCGAUGAUCACCUCUGAGGAGCCGAGCGCAGUUUCGUGA